UGCGUCGCCCCGCCCAUCGUGCCCCACAGCCCUCGGCCACAGCGGCCAAACGAACGAGGCGGUGCUCCCAAACCGGACGAUGGCGCAGAGCCGCGCGCGCAAGCGCAGGGUGGAGCUCAAGUGCUCGAGGCCCCCACGUUUUUCAAGAAAUGUCCAGAUGGAUGAAGAUACACAUUACAAUAAAGUUGAAGAUGUGGUUGGAAGUCAUGUGGAAGAUGCAGUAACAUUUUGGGCCCAGAGUAUCAGUAGAAAUAAGGAUAUUAUGAAGAUCAGUGGUUCACUGUCUGAAGCUUGUCCCCAUGCCAAUUCAGUUUUUGGGAAUCUUGAUCCAAGGAAGAUUUAUGGUGGAUUAUUUUCUGAAGAUAAAUGUUGGUACAGGUGCAAAGUACUGAAAAUCAUCAGUGAUGAAAAGUGUUUGGUGAGAUACAUUGACUAUGGAAAUGCUGAAAUUCUAAAUCGGUCUGAUAUAGUUGAGAUUCCUUUGGAUCUGCAAUUUUCUAGUGUUGCCAAAAAGUAUAGACUUUGGGGAUUACAGAUUCCUUCUGGCCAAGAACUUACCCAGUUUGAUCAGGGCAGAACCUUUUUGGGGAGCUUAAUUUUUGAAAAGGAAAUAAAAAUGAGAAUUAAAGCAACCUAUCAAGAUGGAACAGUUAUUGCUCAGGCUGAGUAUGGCAGUGUGGAUAUAGGGGAAGAGGUGGCUAAGAAAGGAUUUGCAGAAAAAUGCAAACUCACUUCCAUCACUAACACCUGUGAGGAAAAAAAAUCAAAUACUGGUCAGCUUGUUCUCAGGAACCUCAAAAACCCCAUUCCUUUGUGGGGGCAUAGAUCAAACCAGUCAAACUUCAGUGGGCCAAAGGAGCACUUAAAUGGGAGGCUGGCUCUUAACCUGAAGAAUGAAAAUGAUGCAGGAAAUCAUGUGACAUUUCCAAAGGAAAGUUUGGCUGUUGGUGACUUUAACUUAGGGUCUAAUGUCAGCCUGGCAAAAAUUAAGCAGGACCAGAAACUGAUUGAAGAAAAUGAAAAGCUUAAAACGGAGAAGGAGGUUCUCCUUGAAAAUUAUAAAGCAUUAGAAUCCAAAGUAGAACAGACUGCUCAGGAGCUGCAGCAAGAGAAAGCAACUACCAUGGACUUGACUAAACAUUUAGAAAGUACUCUGAAGACUUGUGUAGGUACCAGAAUGAAAAAUCUGGCCGCUAAGGUUGAAAUACUAAAAGAAACUAGAUGUGUCAGCAUCAAUCUUCAUUUUGGAAAUGACCUUUCAGAUGCUAUACAAGUGUUGGAUGAAGAGUGCUUUACAACCCCAGCUUCUUUGAAUGAAUUAGAGAGAAUUUGGACAGAAUACAAUCUGGCUCAGGAAAAGAUUCAAACUUGUCAGAAUGUGAAUGAAGGGACUAUUUUGAUUGCUAAAAGAAAUGAGCUGCAACAAGAGCUGAAAUUAGCAGUUGAAGUUUUUAUUCUGGAAGUAGAUGAGUUACCUCUUAAUAAACGCUUGAAAACGUUGCAGGAUUUGUCAGCCUCUUUAAAAGCAGUAUAUGGACAGGCCAAAGAAGGGACAAACUCUGAGGAAAUACUUAAGAAAUUUUAUGACUGGAAGUGUGGUAAAAGAGAGGAGUUCACCAGUGUUAGAAGUGAAACAGACGUUUCUCUACAACAUCUUGUAGCAUGGUUCCAGAACACCUUAAAGGCUUUUGACUUGUCUGUGGAAGAAUCACUGACUUCUGAAGACACAAUUGGUAAUAUUGAUGAAAUCCUUGAGAAGACUGAGUCAAAUGUCUGCAAAGAGCUGGAGAUAUCUCUGGUUGAGCAAGGUGAUGCAGACAAGGAGAUCGUUUUAAAUACAUACAACCAAGUGCUACAAAAAAUCCAUUCAGAGGAAAAGCUUAUUGCCAUGGUACAAUCCAAGUAUAAGGACAGUAUCGAGUUUAAGAAGAUUAUUGAAUGUUUAGAUAAGAGUCCCAAUGUGGAUCACUUGCUGUCCAUUAAAAAGACGCUGAAAAGUUUAAAAGCUCAACUGAGAUGGAAAUUGGUUGAAAAGAAUAAUUUGGAAGAAUCUGAUGAAUAUGAUGGAUCUCAAAUUGAAAAAAUAAAACAAGAUAUAACUCAGUUGCGCAGUAGUGUCUUCCAGGAAGUUUAUCACGAGAGGGAGGAGUAUGAGAAGCUGAAUAGUUUGGUACACAAGUGGUUCCCUGAGUUGCCUCUGCUUUAUCCUGAAAUAGGAUUACCUAACUACAUGAACUCUGGUGGUCUUCUUACUAUGAGCUUGGAACGAGAUCUUCUUGAUGCUGAGCCCAUGAAGGAACUCAGCAGUAAGCGUCCUUUGGUGUGUUCUGAGGUGAACGGGCAGCUAAUUCUUCUAAAGGGCUAUUCUGUCGAUGUUGACACAGAAGCCAGGGUGAUUCAGAGAGCAGCUAUUUAUCAUAGAGCUUGGAGAGAAGCCAAAGAAGAGUCUGGGUUACUACCACUAAUAUUCCUAUUUUUGUGUAAGUCUGAUCCUAUGGCUUAUCUGAUGGUCCCAUACUAUCCUAGGGCAAACCUGAGUGCUAUUCAAACCAGUGUUCCAUUAACUUCAGAAGAAGCAUUAAAGGUCAUGAAAGGUGUUGCCCAGGGUCUGCAUACACUGCACAAGGCUGACAUAAUUCAUGGAUCACUCCAUCAGAACAAUGUAUUUGCUUUAAAUCGUGAACAAGGAAUUGUUGGAGAUUUUGACUUCACCAAAUCUGUGAGUCAGCGAGCCUCAGUGAACAUGAUGGUUGGUGACUUGAGUUUGAUACCACCUGAACUGAAAAUGGGGAAACCUGCAUCUCCAAGUUCUGACUUAUAUGCUUAUGGCUGCCUUUUAUUGUGGGAUGAUAAUGUCAAAUCCCUUCUCUGUAGCUUGAUCUAUUGUAGAAGUUCAAUUACUGCUGAACAAGUUUUGAAUUCUGAAUGUUUCUUGCAACCAAAGGGGAAAUCAACACCAAACUCAGAAAAAGAUACGGAAUAUACUCAAUACAAAGAGGAAAAAGAAUUAAAGAUGGAGAACUUGGAUAAAUAUAAGAAAAAUGCAAAAAAUGGUGAAGCCAACUUUGAAUGAUUAGUAUUCUUUUGUUGUUACAGAUGUUCCUUUAAAAAACCUUGUUUAAAGUUUGGUUAAAUAAACAGAAAAAUAUGGAAAUGUAA